UAAUUGGUACAGUUCACUUUUAUAAUAGCCGCCUAUGUUUACUACAUUGAUUGCUAAAGGGACCUCAUAUGCUUAAUCCUAUAAAGUCAAUUGAAUGUUUGGUGGUUUAAGUGCAGUGUGUAGUGAGUGAACAUGGGAUCUAGAAUGGGCUUACCUUAUUGUCUUCAUCUUCUCUUACUAUCAUGGUUUCUUUCUGCCCAUGUCUUCUGUUUCUUAGCCAUAGCACAAAGAUCCACUUACAUAGUUCACCUGGACAAGUCGUUGAUGCCUAAUAUCUUUGCUGAUUACCAUCAUUGGCAUUCUUCCACUAUUGAUUCCAUUAAAGCUGCAGUUCCUUCAUCAGUGGAUAGAUUCCACUCUGCUCCAAAACUUGUUUACUCUUAUGACAAUGUAUUUCAUGGCUUCAGUGCUGUUUUGUCCAAAGAUGAACUUGAAGCUUUGAAGAAGUUACCAGGUUUCGUUUCAGCUUACAAAGAUAGAACUGUGGAACCUCACACUACCUAUACAUCUGAUUUCCUCAAGCUCAAUCCUUCAUCUGGGCUAUGGCCUGCUUCUGGUUUAGGCCAAGAAGUGAUCAUUGGUGUUCUUGACGGUGGCAUCUGGCCGGAAUCUGAAAGCUUUCGAGAUGAUGGUAUGCCUGAAAUCCCCAAAAGGUGGAAAGGAAUUUGCAAGCCCGGCACACAGUUCAACACUUCAUUGUGCAACAGAAAACUUAUUGGGGCUAAUUACUUUAAUAAGGGAAUUUUGGCUAAUGAUCCAUCUGUGAACAUUUCCAUGAAUUCUGCCAGGGAUACUGAUGGUCACGGCUCACAUUGCGCUUCCAUUGCUGCUGGGAACUUUGCAAAAGGUGUUUCCCAUUUUGGAUAUGCAGCAGGAACAGCAAGAGGAGUUGCGCCACGAGCUAGGCUAGCUGUGUACAAGUUUAGCUUUAACGAAGGAACCUUUACUUCAGAUUUAAUUGCUGCUAUGGACCAAGCUGUUGCAGACGGUGUUGACAUGAUAUCCAUUUCUUAUGGGUACCGUUUCAUUCCCUUGUAUGAAGAUGCUAUAUCUAUUGCUUCUUUUGGAGCUAUGAUGAAGGGAGUGCUAGUUUCUGCUUCAGCUGGAAAUCGAGGUCCAAGCAUGGGAAGUUUAGGCAACGGAUCUCCAUGGAUCUUGUGUGUGGCAUCAGGAUACACCGACCGAACAUUUGCAGGAACUUUGACUUUGGGCAAUGGCUUACAAAUUAGGGGUUGGAGCUUGUUUCCUGCAAGAGCCUUUGUCAGGGAUUCACUGGUGAUUUACAACAAGACUCUAGCCGCUUGCAAUUCAGACGAGUUGUUAUUACAAGUACCUGACCCCGAACGUACCAUCAUCAUCUGCGAUGAUAGUAAUGGCAAUAAUUGGGAUUUGUCCAGUCAGUUUUUUUACGUAACUCGAGCAAGACUUCGGGCAGGCAUCUUUAUCUCUCAGGAUCCAGGAGUAUUCAGGUCUGCUUCUUUUUCCUACCCGGGAGUUGUGAUUGACAAAAAGGAAGGGAAGCAAGUCAUCAAUUACGUUAAAAGCAGUGUUUCUCCCACGGCCACCAUCACGUUCCAAGAAACGUAUGUGGAUGGAGAAAGACCAGCCCCAGUUCUUGCUGGAAGCUCAGCACGAGGGCCCUCCAGAAGCUACUUGGGAAUCGCAAAGCCAGACAUUAUGGCACCAGGGGUACUGAUUCUUGCAGCUGUCCCUCCUAAUCUCUUUUCAGAAAGCAUUGGGACAAAUAUAGGAUUAUCUACUGAUUACGAGCUUAAAUCAGGCACAUCCAUGGCUGCACCACAUGCUGCUGGAAUUGCAGCAAUGCUAAAAGGGGCACAUCCUGAAUGGAGUCCUUCAGCUAUUCGCUCCGCCAUGAUGACCACAGCAAACCAUUUGGAUAAUACUCAAAAACCUAUUAGAGAGGACGAUGGCAUGGUAGCCACGCCGCUAGACAUGGGAGCAGGGCAUGUUAAUCCGAACAGAGCUCUUGAUCCCGGCCUAGUAUAUGAUGCUACUCCGCAAGAUUACAUAAAUCUUAUAUGCUCAAUGAAUUUCACAGAAGAGCAAUUUAAAACUUUUGCAAGAUCAUCAGCCAAUUACAACAACUGCUCAAGUCCAUGUGCUGAUCUCAAUUAUCCAUCAUUCAUUGCCUUGUAUCCGUUCAGUCUCGAGGGAAACUUCACCUGGUUGAAGCAGAAAUUCAGGAGGACCCUUACAAAUGUUGGUAAAGGUGGAACAACUUAUAAAGUAAAGAUAGAAACUCCAAAGAAUUCCACAGUUUCAGUGUCUCCAAAAACUCUGGUGUUCAAGAAGAAAAAUGAGAAACAAAGUUAUACUUUGACAAUUCGGUAUAUAGGUGACGAGAAUCAGAGUAGAAAUGUUGGGUCUAUCACUUGGGUUGAAGAGAAUGGGAACCAUUCAGUAAGAAGUCCUAUAGUGAUAACUCGUAUAAUUGCGGUCUGGGGUUCAGAUGAUUAGGAGCAUUAGAUUAUGUGUACUGAAUGAAAAAGUGCUUGUAUCCACACGACAUUGGAAUAAUUUAUGUUUACACUAGAAACAACUUUUAAGCGUUGAAACGCCCCAACAUCGCUGAUUUUAUCCCUAAGAACUGUAUGAUCAAUCCCAAAAAAGGUUAAAAGAAAAAUCGACUAUGUUCAUACA